UCAGUAGCAGUGUUGUUGUUGCUGUGCGCCACGGGUGGAAACAUAAUUGUGGAUACUUGUUUAUGAGUUUUGAGCGGUUCCCUUUCCGCGCAACCCGGUGACAGUCCCGUUCAUGGUGGAGUAAACGUGGAGUUUCAGUCACAGUCGCGCGGUGGUAACGGUAGCGCGCAGCCGGGCAGCCACUUUUGCGCGCGCGGAGGACAAGCGGCCACCAUGCUCUUCCCCUGGGAGAGCUCCGACAACUCCACGGGCAGAAACUGCACCGAUGGGUUCAACUCAACGCACGCGCUGGAGUCCGGCGCAGCCGCCGGAGACAUCGGCGCCAAGAGAAAUGACACCGACCCGUUUGGACGGAACGAGGACGUGGCCAAGCUCGAGAUCACCGUCCUGAGCCUUGCGUUCCUCGCGGCAGUGGCGGGCAACGUGAGCGUGCUGCUGGCCAUUUACAAAACGCGGCGGAAACUGUCGCGCAUGCACCUGUUCAUGAAGCACCUGAGCCUGGCGGACCUGGUGGUGGCCUUCUUCCAGGUGCUGCCGCAGCUCUGCUGGGAGAUCACCUACCGCUUCUACGGCCCGGACUUCCUGUGUCGCAUCGUCAAGCACCUGCAGGUGCUGGGCAUGUUCGCCUCCACCUACAUGAUGGUGAUGAUGACCCUGGACCGCUACAUCGCCAUCUGCCACCCGCUGCAGACGCUCCAGCAGCCGACGCAGCGCGCGCACAUCAUGAUCGGCUCAACGUGGGCGUGCAGCCUGGUCCUCAGCGUCCCGCAGUACUUCAUCUUCUCCCUGAGCGAGGUGCACCCCGGCUCGGCCGUCUACGACUGCUGGGGACACUUCGUGCAGCCGUGGGGGCUGCGCGCGUACAUCACCUGGAUGACGGCCGGGAUCUUUCUCGUGCCGGUGGCCGUGCUCGUGCUCUCCUACGGACUGAUCUGCCGCACCAUCUGGAUGAACCUCAAGUAUAAGACCCGGAGGAAUAAGACCGCGGGCUCGGCGGCGGAGUCCAAAAACGGGGUUCUGAACCGCAGCUCGGUCAGCAGCGUCAGCACCAUCUCCCGCGCCAAAUUACGCACGGUGAAGAUGACUUUCGUGAUCGUGCUGGCGUACGUGGUGUGCUGGACGCCUUUCUUCACCGUGCAGAUGUGGUCCGUGUGGGACAAGACCUUCUCCUGGGACGACUCUGAGAACACCACGGUGACGCUCACCGCCCUGCUGGCCAGCCUCAACAGCUGCUGCAACCCCUGGAUCUACAUGGUCUUCAGCGGCCACCUCCUCUCGGACUUUGCAAGCAGCAUGCCGUGCUGCCGCCCGCUGAAGGCCAAGCUGAGCCAACAGGAUUCGGUCAGCAGCAGCCGCCGGACCACGCUGCUGUCCCGCCUGCAGGGUCCGCGCCUCUCCGAGCCGUUCAGAGACCUCAACCCACCCCCUGGACCCUCUCCGCAUCCCCCGUCUGCAUCCUGAACACUGGAAACACGACCCUUGUGUCUGUAGUACAUGAACCGGUCUCAAUCUGCUGGCUUAUGGAGAGGGAAGGUAUGAUCUCAUCGAGGGCGCGGUCAAAUCCACAGCUCGCUUGUUUCUUUUAGCUUCACACGGCUGCUUGAAAACAAGUUUUUAAUAACGCUCCGCCGGUUUGGAGAUUUUGUCGGUUUAACGGAGCCAAAACAAACCCACUUCAGCCAUUAGCCUGAUGGAUGAUGUCUGUGUUCUUUGCUGUAAUGUAACUUCUUUAGAAUCAUCUGUUCACACUGAGAUUCAUUUUGUGAUGCAUGAGUAAACUUUAGCUUGUCCAUGCAUGUCUCUAUACAAGAGAUCUUCAACAGUUCAAAUUAUUGCAAUGCUUUCUUUUCAAAAAUUAACAAUUCUUAACAUGAGUACAACAAUUUAUUAACAAAUAUAAAUCCCCACUGAUGAAAGGCUUACUGGCCUAUAGGUAAGGUAGUCAC